ACCAGAGGGUAUACAAACCGAUAUGUCGGCUUUUUCUCUCUCUUCUCCUUUAUGUUUUUGUUUUUUUUAUCUUUCUGCCUCACGUGCACGGCACCUGCUCGUUACGUGUUCGCUCCUACAUCUGGUCUUCUUGUUUCCCAAUACGGCCAGAAGAGAAGCGUGGUGAUGGAGACGAAGCGGAUCCGGAGGCAGCAGCAGCAGCAGCAGCAACCAUCUCCAGGUACCGGUUCCCACGAGCCGGAGAUUGAGGAGGGGGUUUCUUCUUUCGAGGAGGGGGCUUCCCAAGCCGGGCCGGAGAGGAAGCCCCUUUGGGGCUCGGUGAGGCCCCCGGCGGCCCUCGCCGGCUUCUUGCUGAUGCUCCUGCCGCUCAUCGCCGUCAUCUACAGUCGAACACCUUCCCUGGAUUGGAUUUGUAACUGUAGGUCCGGAAGAGUUGAAGGAAGGGCAGAAAGCUUUGAAGCAACAUCAAAACACGGUUUAGAAAAUUGUUCCUUCGCUUCCUCUAACAUCACAAAGGCCAAUAUUCUCAAUGAAAAUGUCACCAAGAAUGAUUUUCGCCAGAAAAAUGACACCAAGAGUGAUUUCCUCCAGAAAAAUGUCACAGAAGACCAUAUUCUCCACAAAAAUGUCACAGAUGACAAUGUUCUCCAAAAAAAUGUCACAGAGGCCAACAUUCUCCAAAAAAGUAUGACCAAGGAUAAUAUUCUCCCGAAAGAUGUCCCAAGGGACAAACUUCUUGGGGGCUUGCUAGCUGCAGGAUUUGAUGAAGGAUCUUGUCUGAGCAGGUAUCAGUCUGUUUUGUAUCGCAAAGAAUCACCCCACAUACCUUCUCCAUAUCUUUUGGAAAAGUUGAGGAAACAUGAAGCUCUCCAGAAGAGAUGUGGUCCAAACACUGAGUUGUACAACAAGGCCAUCAAACAGUUGAAGCCUCUUGGGAAGCGGGAGAAAAGGAAGCAGUUCAAGCUUGGUUACAGCAAUGAGCCUACAGAAUGCAGCUACCUGACAUUGAUUCCGUUCAGCGGUUUGGGGAACAGGAUAGUGUCUCUUACUUCAGCAUUUCUUUAUGCUCUUCUUACAAACAGGGUCUUACUGGUUGACGGAGAUGCUGGCAUAGGUGAUCUCUUCUGCGAACCCUUUCCUGAUACCUCAUGGCUUCUACCACAGGAUUUCCCCGCAAGAAACCAGUUUAGAAGCUUAGGUCGGAACUCUCCUGAGUGUUUGGGGAGCAUGCUGAAAAAUAAAGUUAUCGGUAACGGCAUAAACGGUUCUUCAAAUGGGCCACUCUCUCCUUAUGUCCUUCUCUAUCUAGUCAAUGGUUAUAGUGACUUUGAUCAGCUUUUCUUCUGUGAAGAUGUUCAACGACCGCUGCAAAAGAUCCCUUGGCUGGUGGUAACAUCCAACCAAUACUUUGCACCGGCCUUGUUCUUCAUCCCUACAUUCGAAGAAGAGCUUAGUCGGUUAUUCCCUGAGAGAGAGACUGUUUUCCAUCAUUUGGGACGUUAUCUUUUCCACCCUACAAACCCGGUGUGGGGUUUGAUUACCAGGUCUUAUGAAUCUUAUUUAGCAAAGGCUGAUGAACGAGUGGGCUUACAGAUCAGAGUCUUCAAUGGAAGAACCAGCCCAGUUGAGUACUUGGAUCGGAUCCUUAAAUGUGCUCUAAAGGAAAAGCUGCUGCCUAAUAUCAGUCUCAACGGACCUGCGGCUUCAACUAGUACUGGUGCCAGGUCCAAAGUUGUGCUCAUAACUUCUUUGGAUUCUACGUACUUUGAGAAGGUGAGGAGCAUGUAUUGGGAGCAUCCAACUGUAACUGGUGAGAUCAUUAGCGUCUAUCAGCCAAGCCAUGAAGGAGUCGAGCAGACUGGGAAGACGAUGCAUGAGAUGAGAGCGUGGGCAGAGAUCUAUCUCUUGAGCUUGAGUGAUGCGUUGGUCACCUCCACUUGGUCUACGUUUGGGUAUGUGGCUCAAGGUCUUGCUGGUUUAAAGCCAUUGAUCACAUUGAUACCAGAUAAUCCUGACUGUCGUGGAGCCAUGUCCAUGGAACCUUGUUUCCACUUUCCUCCCUUUUACGGUUGCAAGGCAAACACCAGUGUUGACGCAGGAGUUGUACUCCCGUAUGUGAGGCAUUGUGAAGACAUGAAGAAUGGCCUUAAGCUGGUUGGGCUGAACGAGCACUAGUUGUGGCGUUCUGAGUUCAUGUGUUCAGAUAGUGCAGACCAUUGCUAGAAACUAAGAGUUUGUGCUCUAAUUAUUUGCAGAGUACUUCCCAGCGGUCUAUGGUAUUCUUGAAUUUUAAAUUAUGGUCAAAUUCUUUUGGCCAGCAGAAAGUCAUCUUUGCAUUUGAUAUAUUGGAAAAUUGUAAAAAACAAAUAAAAAACUAGACGUGCAUUUUUUGAACAAUGAAUGAGGGGGAACACUUUUCA